AUCAAAAUGAAUUCAACGUUUCGCAGCAGUUUUGUGUUGUCUUUUGAUUGUGGAUGUCAUUUUGUCGAAGUGCUGAACUGUUGAACAUAUGAACACUCGUUCCCAUCAACAGAAGUCGCGUGCUUCUUAAUUAAUAUAAUUGUUCUUCAGAGCUGAGGUUUGAAAACUUAUUGACGACUUAAAUCAGUGAAUGAAAAAUGACGCGAAACUUUUUAUGCAACGAGAAAACUGGGCUGCGGCAUGUGCCUCAUAGAACCAUUCGAUAUAUGGUAUAUGCUUUUAUUCUGAUUUCAUUCGUACUAACGACGUCCGUGAGCAGCGAAGAAUGUGGACAAGAGGAAUUUACCAAAUGUGCGGAACCGAUCGAAAUAUUACAUUUAACCUCAGAGUUUUCCAUUGGUGGCGCUAAAAAGGAAGAACUAGAUAAACUUUGUCAUGAAUUACGAAAAGGUGUAAGAUGUAUACAGAGCUACACAAGAAGAUGCAUGGACUUACAACAACGUAAUCAAUUUAAUAGAUUAUACCAUGGAACCAACCAAUUUAUUCGAGACUUGUGUAAUAAAGGCGAAUUUCAAGAUGAAUAUCUUAGGCAUGCACCUUGUAGUGAAAUUGCUAAGAAAGAAUUUGAGACUUGUGCCAACCAAUUUAAGGAAACCAUGGUCUUUCUUAAACCAAAUAAAAAUCAGGAAGCCGCCGAAAAUAACACCUUCGUUGAAAAUGUGAAAACAAUUUGCUGUUCCAUUAACGAGCUGGUUGACUGCUUUGAAGAUGCAGCGAAAAAAAUCUGUGGGUCGGAUGCUGCUAAAUUCACACGUGAGUUGGUCGAUAAGUACGCACACAGCUUAACAAAGUUUUAUUGCGAGGACUAUACACGACAUCCUGAAUAUUGUCAAGGUGAAGGCAAUACUUCAACUAGGUUGGGAAGUUGCUGGCAGUUUGUGUUUACAACCGUAAUUAUUAGUCUACUUUUAAGAAAGGUUUCAUUCUCUCAACCCAUUGAGGCGAUAUCGAGAUGGUCUUGGAUAUAACGUUAUAUUUACAACGUCGUAUAUCGAAACAUUACUUUAAAAAACAUUUUUAUUAUGUUUAUAAACUAAUAGGAUAAUAAUAUAUAUAUUAUAUAUAACUUAAUAAAUAAAAUUGAAAUAAUUUGUUGUAGAAUUCGCACGUGCUAAUUUAUAUAGGAAUUUUUAUUAUAAGUGAAUCUUUAAAAAAGACAAAAAGUUAGC